UGAAAGACAAGAAUCAAUAAGUUCUUCAAUAUCCAAAUUAUACAAAACAAAUAUACCUAGUGAAGAAAAUCCUAAAAGCACUAAAAACAUUAGAGGUAUAGCGGUUCUGAAAAUACUAAAGAUACUAGAAAUGCUAAUAGUUCUGGAGGAUGAGGCAAGAGGUGAGCUACAAAAACUUGAAACUCAUUUUGCACUUGAAUGUGCUUAUGUAGAUGAUAAA